GCUGAUAGAAACGGCUGACGCCCAAAACGAGCUCCAUAAGUGGCUGGCGGUCCGAGUGCUAACAAAUAAUUCUCGCGCCUCGCUACAACUCCCGGCACCCCUCGACGACCCGCUUGUGAUCGCGGGCCGGCCCGUUGCAGUUUUACCCUUCGUUCGGUCAUGUCAUUAACCAGUUUAGACGCCAACGGCCAAUACUAUGAGCACGUUAAUUUGUGGAAGUCAAAGCAGCGGGUCCAUUAUCGGGAUGACGUCGUUAAUCAUAACAGGAACAAUCAUACCCCAAGUGGCAGCUGUGAAUACAUUACCAUAAAGCAGCGCAACAAAUCGCCCUCUACGACCCCAACCCUAUUAAAGUCAUCAUCGGCGCCGGUCAAUCCGGCCAUCGCUGCCACCUCGAACGCUGUAAUACGAUACGCUCGCACCGCCUGCGAUCAUUGCGGCCAUCAUAACAUACCGAUGAUGUCGCCCCCCAUCUCACCGCUGGCCAAAUCUCAGACCAAUCUGGAGCUGGUGGAGCACGCCAGUCAACGUCAGGCGCUGUUGCCCGUGCCGGCUAUCACCAAUGGCAUGCAUUCCAGUGACACGUCCUGCACGCUCCAAGUAUCACGGCGACCCUCCAUAUUGUUGCAGGAGAUACUGACACAUCGGCCGCCACUGCUGGGACGCAAGGAGAAUGGCAAUAACAAUUUUCUAUCAGCCCGCAGCGCCAGAAACGGCGGAAAUCUCCAGGCCACGGCCAGCGGCAGCACCGCCACCAUUAACUUUCAGAGCGGUACGACGAGCGCCCGCAAUGGCUCGUACUACGACAAUGGAGCCAAGAGCAUACAGGCCAAGCACCAGAAGGAAAAGAAUCGGCGCACCGGCAACGAUGCAAUCAGCUCGGCACUUUCCGCCACGUAUUGCAAGCUGCUUGUGCUGCUGGGCGUCUGCUUGCCCAUCACUGAGGUUAUCUCGGAUCAGAUACCCACAUACGUCUAUCAAGGAUUCUAUGUCUACCUAUAUGUGGGCAGCAUUCUCUUCGUCAUCUUUCUGUACAUCAGCGCCGUUCGCAAUCGGUCACUUUUUAAUGCGCUCAAGGAUUUUCACGAAAAGAACAGUAACGUUCAUUUGAAGCACAAGGUCACCCACUUCGGGAGCUUCUAUUUGCGGGUGGGUGCCAUUGCCUUUGCCAUUGGUACCAUGGUCUAUUCGGGCCUGGAAUUUGGACAGUUCUUUGAGCUGAACGGACAGCCCGGCUGCCAUGAUGCCUUUGUGGCCAUUACACCAAUCUGCCGCAUGGUGCUGUGCAUCGCCCAAGUGCAGUUCAUCUUCCUGAACACCACCUACAUGGACAUGGCACGCCACAAGGUAACCUCGCGGUUCGGCCUCAUGCACAUGGUGGCCACCAAUCUGUGCGAGUGGCUGUAUGUGCUGGUCGAGGAGACGAAACACGAGAUAUUUCACAUAAAUCACAACGAUAUCGAUCCAAAUGAUCCUAUGAUGCACGCCGGCGCACACGGUGGUCCCGACUGGUCGGCUAUCAAUGCCACAAUGCACCUGCCGCAUAACCAAUCAACGCAAGGGCUACUCGUCAACAUGACCGCCACCGUGCUCAACCGUACGAUGGCGCAAAACCACCCGACGCAGGGGGUGCUCGUCAACAUGACCGCCACUGUGCUCAACCGUACGCUGGCGCCUAUGCCUGAAGAGGGUCCCUACACCGGCUGCUCCCGCACUACGAUUAUGGGAGCCCUUGUGCAGCAGCUGUCACCUUUCCUGUUUCCCUGCACCAUCGAGUAUUCGCUGAUUUGCGCCGUCAUUUUGUACGAAAUGUGGAAGACCGUCAAGUCCAUACCGGAUAUUGACAGGUCGCGCAAGAAUUCGGUGAAGCCGGUAGCCCAGAAGCCAGCCCACCACUUUUCCGUCGACUGCUCACAGUCCCACAAGGGUCUCUUCUUCGGCAUACUGAUCAUCGUGAUGACAAUCAUCUCGAUGAUAAUGUACUUUGUGCUCUACACGCAGCCCGGCUACGAGCUGAUCGCAACGCAGGAGGUAACGCUUUGGGAAACGAUCAUCUACUUCCUAUGUGCCGUUGCCGUGAUAUCAGGCAUGAUUGUCAUGCGCGAUCUCAAGUAUAUCAAGGACACCACAGACGAGCACCACUCGAUGGAUCUGGACAAUCUGCUGUUGGUAGUGGCCCAGACGGGCGUUUACCUCUAUGGCAUGUUCAGCAUACUGGGCAGCUAUUUUGCCAAAUGGGAUACUGUACCCGAUCGCGUCGAGGGCAUCAUUGCCGAGGUGUUUGGUGUAGCCCAGACCUCGCUUCAGACCAUGUUCAUAUUACACUCAAGCCAUAGGCGCUGCAAGGGCGCUAAGCAGGUGCGUCGCAAGCCAGGCCGCGAGAUCAUAACGUUUCUGCUGGUCGCGAACAUUGCCAUCUGGUUUGUGAACACGCUCAUUAAAGGACGUGCCGUGUUCCGUGAGUCGCAUCUGACCUUUUUUGGCAUUUGGGGCUGGACGAUCAUCACGCACAUUUCAAUGCCGCUGGCCAUAUUCUAUCGCUUCCAUUCGACCAUCUGCCUGUUCGAGGUGUGGAAGAUAGCCUACAAGGCCAAGGCCCACUAGUUGUAGUUGGUGUUGACGCAUAACCGAGUACUACUUAUAUAUAGCAACAUUUUUUCUUUUUUUUUUUUUUGUUAUAUCCGUUACUGUUUCUUAAAUUAUUCAUAGUGUGUAAUUAAUUUAGCGUCUAAUUAAAUGAAACUAAAGCGAAGAAAAUUGAUUUUUGCGCAUCAGAAUGUUCACAAUUUUGCAAACCCAAUGCAUGUCAAUUAAGUGAAGAAAUUGUAAAAGCUUAACAUAGAUGGCGCUCCAAAACGAAACCCCUAUAUAAAAUAUAAGGGUGAGCGACACCAUGCAACAAAAUUUAUACUCAAAAAUAAUA